AUGAAAUCCACUCUCGCUCUUGCGGCGAUGUUCACGGCAUCUGCCCAUGCGGCAGCCACCAGCGGGAAAUUCACCGCGCUGAGCUUCAACGUGGCUGGCCUCCCUGAGCUCCUCCAAGGCAAUGAAGUGAACGGAUCCAAGACCGAGAAUUCAGGAUUGAUUGGGACCUACUUUGCCAAGUAUGGUUACGAUCUCAUCCAUCUGCAAGAGGUGAGUCCUGCCGCUGGGGAAGGGGUGUGGUUUGUAGUGGAUCAGGAUGCUAAUCGAGGCGUUUUGGACAAGGACUUCAACUACCAUGCAUACAUCUAUGCGACCGACAACCACCAAUACAGAACUCCAACCUCUGGAGGUGCCGCAAUUGGCAGUGGGUUGAACUCACUAUCCAAUUACAGCUGGUUGAACUUUCUCCGAACCAAGUGGAACAAAUGCUCCAGUGCGUCAGGCAGUGACUGCCUUACUCCCAAGGGAUUCACGUUUAUGCGAUGGAACCCGUCCGAGGGCGUCUAUAUCGAUGUGUACAAUUUCCAUGCCGAUGCUGGCACCGAGCCCGAUGAUGAACAGGCCCGAAACAGCAACUUGCAACAGGUCGCAGAUUACAUCGACACCUGGUCCGUCGGCAACGCGGUGCUGGUCAUGGGCGACACCAACAGCCGAUACACGCGCCAAGAUGACACCGGCAUCCGUGUGUUCAAGUCCCAAAACAACCUCCAGGACGCCUGGAUCGUAAACGCAAAGGGCGGCGUCUACCCCACCGCGGGAGCCGACGCUCUCCUGUGCGUCAACCCUUCCACGACCGAGACCUGCGAGACCGUCGACAAGGUGCUCUACCGCGGAUCGAGCCUCGUGUCUCUAUCCUCCACCAGCUUCCUGUACGCCGGCGAGCAGUUCCCCAACACCAACCCCGAGUACCUCGGUCAAAUCAUUUCGGACCACAACCCGGUCCUCGUGGACUUUUCCUGGACCACGUCGAGCGAUUUUCGACAGAGCCCCUUCUCAGGUGGUCCCCAUGGUAACUGGUUCAACGAUCUCCCAAAACUCCCUGCCUCGCCCGUUGCAUCGGUCCUGAAGUUCAGCGGCGCCGAUCGUCUGGAUUCCGUCUCCAUCCAACUGGCGGACGGGACUACCUUCAGCCACGGCGGAACCGGCGGCACUGCCAAGAGCCUUACGCUGGGUAAGGGGGAGCGCUGGAUUAGUACCAAGCUUUGCACCGGUCAGAAGGAUGGCCGGACUCGUAACUUUUAUAUCAAGGCGACGACUAGUGAUGGCCGGACUCUCGAGGUAGGUACUGCGACGGAUAGUUGCACCAGUUUUGUGGCGGACUCGGGAUAUGGGGUGGUUGGCUUUAUGGGUCAGGAUGGGGAUGAGAUUGAUCAGUUGGCGCUCAUUUAUGCUCGCUACGCAUGA